CCUCGCGCUCCCGGCCGAUCUCGCGCCCCAGAAGCGAACAGAUCGCGCACGACAGACCCGUACGAACGCGUGUCGGCUCGUCGCGAGCUCCGAUUCCCUUCCUUCGCGGCGCGUUUUUCUCCCACUUUGCGCUCAGUUCCCCUUCGCCCCACGUGGACUUUUUAAAGAGCAGAGAAGAGACGCUGGCUGCUCUCGGACCCGAGGCCGGCACCGGGUCGUCGGGUGGCCGCAUGGAGGGCGCCGAAGAGAGGCAGCGGCGCUACGUUGUCGUGGCCAAGGGCCGGGCCCGCUACGGCAUCAGGGGCAUCCCCCUGGGCAGCGUGGGCCGCGUGGAGGCCGAGGCGGCGUCGUCGGCGUCCGGGACCCAGAGGGCCGAACUGGCGGUGCGGAUCCUCAAGAGCUCCGCCCAGGGGGUCGUGACGGUGAGGCGCGGCGACGUGCUCUUCCUCUCCCUCCGCCAGACCCAGCUGCUCCUCUUCGUGACGCCGGAGCGCCAGCGCCUCAAGCUGCUGGAAGAUGCCGUGCGGUUCGCUGCCAUUGGCGAGCUGGGCGCCGGCGACCUGGUGGUGGUGAGACGGAACAAGAGCCGCCACACGGGACUGGUCAAGUCCCUCGUUGAGCUGAGGCACAGGGACAGUGCCGUGGACCUGCUCAUGCUGGGGUUCGAGGUGGAGCUACUGGAUUCAAGUCAGCAGAAAGGUGCUGGGAAGACCCCUCCCCCACCUGUGUACAGCGCCGGUGACAUCAUUGAGGUGCCGUCGAGGUGCCUCGCCACAUCCAGGGACCACGUGAGCAACGGCCCAGCAGAAGGCACCGGCAAGGCCGUGUCCCGGUUCAGCUCCCUGCCAAACCUGGGGCCUCACUGUGCCGCCGGGGUAGGGGGGAGGGCCUCGUUCUCCAGCGCCGGGCCCCUGGAGGUGGGAUCCGUGGUGGAGGUCACGACUGAGGGAGGGGUCCUCGUGUACGGCGUGGUGCGCUGGAUAGGUGUCCCCAAGGGCCGGAAGGGCAACUGGGUGGGUGUAGAGCUGGACUACGAGGUGGGCGGCUGUACGGACGGGACCUUCGGCUCCCGGCGCUACUUCACCUGCGGGGGGAACCGCGCCGUCUUCGUCCCGCUGGGCUCCUGCAGACCGGACAGCCGCUUCCAGUCGCUGCCCAGCCUGGUGGCAGAGAUCCCGCAGCACGAAGAGUCGUCGCCAGACACAUCCAUGGAGGGCGAGGAAGAAGAAUUCGCUCCCCCCAUCCCGGAGUCUGAGGCCGUGUCUCUGCUGGAGGGCAGGAUGAGAGGCAUUCAGGGCUACUUCAACUCCUGCUAUCUGGACGUGACCCUGUUUAGCCUUUUCAGUUCGUCGACGGUGCUGGACGCCGCGUUCCAGGAUGCUGCCAGCAGGGGGGGGAGCGCCGCACGCAUCCUGCACAGAGACAUCGUCAACAAGCUGCGCAGACAGGGCUUCGUUCCGGCGGAGAACGUGAUGAACUUCCGCAGGCAGCUGGGCUGCGACUCCUUCAUGACCGAGGAGAAAGACCCUGAGGAGUUCGUCACGGUCCUCUUCAAACAGGUGCUUGGCAUGAAGCCUUUGCUGAAGAUCAGGUCGCACAGCGGCUGCACGCAGGAGGCCUUCACGUUCCCGCUCAUCCUGGACAAGGAGCAGGUCGGACCCGUGCCCACGGUGCAGCAGUUGCUGGAGACCUCCUUCCAGUCGUGUGACCUCAAGUUUGAGGAGGUUCCGUCCUGCCUGAUGAUCCAGAUGCCGAGGUUCGGGAAAAGGUAUAAAAUGUUCCCCCAGAUCGUUCCCACUACAGAGCUGGACGUCACGGACCUCCUGCACGACUCUCUGCGGGAGUGCUUCAUCUGUGGGCGUCUGGCCUGCACGGAGUGCCCUGCUUGCCUGUCGGACCGAAAACUCCAACCCGGGAGGGUGAAGCAGUACUGCUCCACCUGCAGUGUCCAGGUUCACAGCCACCCUCUGAGACAAGGCCACCAGGUGCGCGUGCUGCCAGCACCGCGGACUGAAGCUGAGGGUGCUCCGUUGCCACGGCAACGGCUCCAGCUGCUGGCCGUCCUGUGCAUCCAGACCAGUCACUACGUGGCCUUCGUGAAGCACGGUCCUGGCGCUCGCUCCUGGCUCUUCUUCGACAGCAUGGCUGAUUGCUGCGGGAACGGCCAGAAGAGCUUCAGCGUGCCGGAGGUGCGAGCCUGCCCUGAGCUCGGUGACUUCCUGGCGCGUUCCGAGGAGGAUAUGGCCACGGCUGAUGUCGCCUCAGCUGGAGAGCACGUCAGGAGGCUGCUCUGCGACUCCUACAUGUGUCUCUACCAGCGCGGCCAUGUGGGGGAAACCGACAGCAUCGCUACGGCAACUGCACGGUUUCUAACAUGCCGCACGCAUUCAGAGCAGUCCGAAUCAUCUCUGGUUUAGCAGGGUUCGAGGCCUAGGGUGGCAGUACUGUCUUGGAGCGAGCAGGAUGGACUCCUUGGUUCUUGUGUUUUGUCUGACAUUAAAUGUCAUGUAACUUAAGUCAUGUCUUUAAAUACAUGCUAAAACACAUGUAUAAUUGCAAAAUCUAAUAUUAAAUUGUUUAAAUGAUAUAUUUUACUGUGUUUUGCCGGAACUAUGUUAUGUUUAUGUUUAAAUGGACGUGAGAAAGGACUGUCUCUGUUAUCCUCGGAAGGGAAAAUGAGGAUGAAUAAACUUAAUUUCUUCCUGGGAA